AUGUGCCUCUCGACACGUUUUGGAGGAGAAGGAGAAGUCGACCUCGAGAGUGGAUCGGCUCUGGAGACGACGAGAGGACCCGAAGUCUCCCUCAACGAGCUCCUGUACGUGUUUGGAACCCCCCUUGGCGCCGGGGGUCCCGUGGCUCCCCCCAUCAACUACACCAAGACAGAAGCAGCUCUCAGCGAAUCUGUUAUCACAACUUGGACUAAUUUCAUCAAGACUGGAAACCCGAACGAGGGCGGCGUGGGCGGAGAGGGCGGGAACCCGCGCGAGAAAUACAAGUACAAGAGCCAAGACUGGGCCAAUUACGACCCCCAGUACCGCCGAUACCUCGAGUUCGGCAGCCGCGGCCGCGUGCGGGACCACUACCGCGCGGGCCGCGUGGCGCUGUGGUCGUGGCUGGUGCCCGGGCUGGAGCGCGUGGGCGCGCGCUACGGCCCAGACUCGCCCUUCCACCGCCUGCCCGACCACCAGCGCCCCGACACCUUCUCGGGCCCGACGCGCCCCACCAACCUGUCCAGCAACCUCCUGCCGCCCCCCGACCACGCCGCCGCCGCCGCCCACCACCCUCGCGCCCGCCUCAUCCCCGCGCCCCGCCACACACCACGCCCGCCGGCGCUGUGGGCGCUAACGGCAGCAGCAGCGUGGCGGGGCUGCUGGAGGGCCUGGGGCUGGGCCAGCGGCAGCCGCAGCCGCACCCCCAGCAGGGCGCGCCGCCUUCCCUACACGACGGCGCUGAGCCUGACGGUGGCCAUCGGCUGCUCGCUGCUCAUCCUCAACUGCUCUGUUCGCCGCCCGUCUACUACCGCCGCGACUCGUCCGCGGCCACGUGGCCCUCAACAAGCCAGCGUCGGGCCACGAGGUCGGCGCGGGCACGGAGGGCGGCGGCAUCGGUAUGGGUGGCAUGGGCGGGGGCGGCACCGACGUGCAGCUGCGCUCGCCCGGCGACGGCUGCAAGCCCUCGUCCCCGUCCCACUGCGGGACGCUGCGCUCGUCCGCCACGCUGCGCUCGUCGCUGGCCACGUCGUGCGACGGCGACCAGCACGAGUGGCCGCCCGACUACACCACGUGCUGCCAGGGCGGCCGACCUCGGCCCAGGGCGGGGGCCAGGCCGCGCCCUCCUCGCGCCCCCCGCACAACGGCACGGCCACGCUGAGGGCCGUGCCGCGCCCCCCGCCCCCUCCGAGGUCGUCCUCGUACCCGUCCCACGUCGAGGCCCAGCCGCUGCUCUCGCCCUCCGCCCUCCUCCACGCCAACAAUGCCCAGUGCUCCGAGAUGCGGGUGUGAAGCCCCCGUCCGCGCUCGCAGCCGGGUCCAGGGCGGGGGCAGGGCGGGAUGCCCUAAGGCGAUUAAGAAUUACGGAUCAGCGCGUCGAGAGAAGCCGCCACUCGGCCCGCAGCUCGGAAAAGCCCGGAUGUCGCAGCAGAACAUGUCAGCAACGCGUUAUCGAAAGGGAUGCAAAAUAAAGACAGGAAAAGGGAAAUACUCCGGUCUCUUCGAUCCUUCCUCUCGUGCUACUGUGGAAUCAGUGACUGAACAUACAUGGAACCUGAAAAACGAUUUACACGAAAAGAGAAAAAUAGAUCGGGUGUUGGUCCUUCAUCACAGAACAAAUUUAUUUGCGAUGCAUGUGAUUGAACGAUGACGUGGUGGUAACGCAAUGUGAAUCGAGUGAUGACGUACGACGCGGAAAAAAAGACAAAGUGAUUGUAACGAAGACAAAGCAAGUGAGUGAGGCCAAACGGAGAUUUCAAAAUCUGCGAAAAUCACGAUACAUUUUCGCAUUCAGGGUCUGUGUGUUUAUUUGUAUGUUUGCGUAUUUCAGGCGGGGAUUUUAUUAUUCCGAAUGCCAAAGGUGCCCCGUGGCCCUCUCGGUGGACGACAAUUGGUGCCAAAGUGAUAGUCAAGUGUAGCAUUGGCGUGUAGAGCUCUUAAGCAUCAAGGAUUCUUUUUAUCUAUCUGCCUCUCUC